AUGACUUCAAUAACGAUUAUAUUUGCGUGCGUGGUUCUGGCUGUUGCUACAGCAGAAUUCAAUCACGGCUACAAUUAUGGAUAUUCAGGGAAUCCUGGUUACAACAGCUAUGGUGGUGCUCAUAUCCCCAUUCUGCGAUAUGAAAAUGUGAACAACGGGGAUGGUACUUACCGAUACAGUUAUGAAACUGGUAACGGCAUAUCUGCGCACGAGAGUGGCUCACCCCGUGCCCCAGGCCCCGAGGGUCCCGCGGUGACAGCGGAGGGAGGGUUCUCGUACCGCGCACCCGACGGCCAACAAGUCUCCCUCACCUACACAGCAGACGAGAACGGCUUCCACCCAACUGGCUCACACAUCCCUACACGCCCACCUAUCCCAGAAGCUAUCCUUCGUUCCCUCCAAUACAACAGACAAAAUCCUUCUUCGUGA